UUCAUAAAUUCCUUUUUUUUGCAAGCUUAUUCACAGCUUACAUAUCAAUAACAGCAACAAUGUCUACCAAGAACAACGCAAUUUCUAACCCUACUACCACUACUACCACAACCACCACAUCAACAAUAAUUUCUGCAUCUACUGUUGUCGUACCAAAGGCCAACAGAACUACCGGCAAGACUAGAGUGAACAAACCUAUUGAUGGCAAGAAAAAGAGAGCAGUCCGCAAAGAAACCUACUCCUCCUAUGUCUAUAAGGUUCUCAAGCAGGUCCACCCCGAUACCGGUAUCUCCAACAAGGCCAUGUCCAUCUUGAACUCCUUUGUCAACGAUAUCUUUGAGCGCAUUGCCACCGAGGCUUCCAAGUUGGCUGCUUACAGCAAGCGUUCUACCAUUUCCUCCCGCGAGAUCCAGACCGCCGUCCGUCUUAUCCUUCCCGGGGAGUUGGCCAAACACGCCGUUUCCGAGGGUACCAAGGCCGUAACCAAGUAUACCUCUUCCAAGUAAAACUAAACUAAACAAAAGCUCUUUCAAUUCAUUAUUAUAAUCAAAUCAUUCUUUUUCUCAUAUGUGCACAAUUGAAUCUUUAAUUCAAAAACACAAAGGAAAAAAAAAGUAACAAAAAAUCCUAAUCCUCCCACCUCUUGACUUCUUCUUCUUUUUGCUUUUAUACUUUACAUAUUCCUUUUCAUGUUUUUUGUUUCUUUGCUUUAUUUUCUCUUCCUGAUGUUACCACAAGAAUCAUAUAUGUAUAUAUUCAUUAUCGUGACCAUAAAUCAAUAAGUAACAAUCAUUUUUGGCCUUUU